AUGACUACAGAAUCAAAUCUCUACGCUCAACAAGUUACGACCGUGCUUUCGUAUGCUUUAUCCGUGUACGGUUCAUUCCAUUACUUUCUAUUCCACCAUCACACAGCGGAGUACCAGACUCCUUUCACAGGCCUGUGGAUAAUCACUGCAAUUUUUUGGGCAUUUCUGUUGUUCACUCAAUUACUGUUCGUGCUGCAAUUCUUCGUGUCCAAUGAGUCGGUUACCUCAAGAGAACAGAAGAAUGUAUCGGCUAUUGUUGGCUACCACUUCACAUUGUUCAACAUUUUGAAUUUCUUCUGGACCUACUUCUUCAGCCGCCAUUCCUUCGUCAUUUCGUUCAUAAUCCUGGUGGCGAAUUUCUUCAACCUGCUGUCAUUGUAUACGUUGCACAAGACGUAUUCCGUCAAGACCCUGGGUCGGUUCGUUGUUGUCCAUGUUUCGACCGCCGCUUUGCCACUCUCGUGGGUUUUGUACGCCAUUUUCUGGAAUGGUGCUGCCUUGUUUCAUUCGCACAACCAUGGUCUCGCAGCUAGGAUUCUCGCCAAUGUCUUGAUCUGGGACUUCUUGUUGGUCCCAUUCAUGUACCUUGCCUUCUACGGAGACUGGGCAAUUGGAUUCUCAUCUGCGUUUUUGACCCUAGGAAUUGGCUUGGGACAAUUCUUCACUAAGGCUAUUGCGUUGCAAUGGAUUUUCGCAUUCAUCAUUGCGGGGUUGGUGUUCAUUGCCUCAGCCCUCGUGGCCGUUGGGUCAACGCUGACCCCCAAUGCACGUCAAAGCUCCAGCGAGCAAGCUCCAUUACUCGCUUGA